UUAAGAAGUUAUUCUGCACUGCAAGUUGUGUAGCCUAGUGUAGAAUCUAUACUCCACAACAACAGCGGGCUCGGUGUGGAAAUCUCAGAAGAGAAAGCAUUUAAAUAGACAGUUGCUUCUUUAAUAUUUCACCAUGGCGGGGCUUCUGAAGCGUGUUUCGGUUAUUGGAUCUGGAAACUGCGGUGGAGAAGCCCGAGUACGACAGCAUCCUUAAACGUCUGUUUGAGACCUCGUACUUCCGCUGUAAGAUCAUCAGGAACGUGUCGGCUGUGGAAGCCUGCGGGGCACUCAAGAACGUGGUGGGCAUCGGCGCUGGUAUUGUGGAUGGUCUUGGAUUUGGGGACAACACAAAAGCUGCCGUGAUCCGAUUGGGCCUUAUGGAAAUGAUGAAGUUCACCAAAGUCUUUCUAGAAUAUCUAGAUCUUCGCCCUCCCGAAGACAACUCCAUAUUCUUUGAGAGCUGCGGCAUCGCUGACCUGGUGGCCACGUGUCACGGGGGGAGGAACCGUCUCCUGGGAGAGGCCGUCGUCAAAUCCAUGAAGAAACGGGGAAUGCCUGGAGUGGAUAUCCGUCUACUGGAGAAGGAAAUCCUGCGGGGGCAAAGUUUCCAAGGCCCUCUGAUUGCCAAAGAGAUCUACAGCUACCUCAAAGAUAAAAACAUGGUGGAUCAAUUCCCCCUGCUGGUUGCAGUUCACAGGAUUUGCUCCCGCGAGGUCGACCCCCGGAACUUCAUUGACUGUCUCAGGGAACAUCCGGAGCACCUGUAGACAAGAUUUUUGUUCUCUUGUGUUAAAGUCUAGGCUUCCUGAUAUUGAUAGCUUGUGAGUUGUAGAGUAUUACCUCGAGUAUAUCCUUUGAUGAAACCAAACCAUGGCUUGCCUUUUUUUACUUGUAUUUAUUGACACGUUAUCAACUGAUGUUUCAGCCGCAAAGUUAUAAUUUCUAGUUGUCUUUUCUUUACUGUUUGCAAUGUCUCAAUAUUAAUUUGUUUGAUUUGUUUUAUUAUGUGGUUUUCUUAUGAAACUGACUCUGAAUUUUCUAAUGACUGUACUUCUUAAAUCCACACAAAUUGGUUUGUUUUCCUGCUGUUAUGGUAAAGAUCUUUUUAUCUCAACAUUAUUUAUAAAGCUUUAAAAAGAAUUGUCAAUUUGAUUGAUUUAGAAAAAUUUUUACAGCUUUGAUUUUUGAAUGUUGUUUUGGGGGUUUCUGUGGGGGUUUUCUUUUGGUAUUUUCAAUGUGAAUAGUUUCUUUGUUUGACUCUUUUCACACAUGUUUAAAAUUUUGUUUAAAUUUUAUUUCUUUCAAGAAAGCAAAGAGUUUUGUGCUGCUGGAAAGAGGGAAAUGUACCAACCAUUUUACUUUGUUAACUUUGUUUACCUCCACAUUUUCAGUCAAGCCCUGUCUGACCCUAGUUAUGCUUUGUUCUGUAGACUAUUAUUAACCAAUAACGUCUUUCCUCUGAAAUUAUAAGUUUUCCUUUUAAGUUGUGCUACUUUAUGAAUUUUACUAUUAUUGCCAUCCAUACAAAACAUUAUUCUGAACUCAAAUUUUGUUUCAUUUAUGCAAAAGAUCUGUUCUCUCUGCAAACUUUUACCCUAACGAACAAUGUCUGAAAAGAAUCUCCACAAUCCCAAUACUCUUUGAGAAAAGAUUCUCGUUAUUUUUCAAUCUUUAUUCUCUCUCUCUUGCAAUUAAAUUGGUCGACAUAUCACUAGCUCUGUGCUUUCUUGUUGUAUCUCCAUUUUUAAUAACAGCGAAAACCUUUCAUAACAAAGAGUGAGCCUAAGAAAAAGUCAUAUUUUCAAUGUUUAAACAAAUGGAGAUACGACAAGAAAGCACUGAAGUAGCGAUAUUGUUGAUAUUUUUUACCAGUCUAUUUACAGAACUGGUCUCUUUGUAACUACAAGGUGCUGUAUUGAAUCAUUUCAUGAUGUGUAUUUGCUCAAAAUGGGUCUGUGUAUAAAGAUGCGUGAAAUUGCCGUGUGGGUUAACUGACAAGUCUUCGCUUUCUUUCAGAAUUUGUCACCUGUUGUUUGUAUGAAAUGUCGCUACAGAUAUGCUCUGUGGUGUAGUGGGUAGGUACUUUUCUGUGGCUUGCAGAAAAGGUGACCCGAGAUCGAUUCCUGAACG